AAUCGCAGUCUUUCAAUAACUGCAAUAACGCCGGACAAACUGAUGGCGAUUCAGGUUAAGACCUGGGGCUGUUUUUCUUCCGGCUCUCCUCGCAAACGAGACAGUCUUUGGUCAUGGUUGGUCUGUGCUUGUGCUUUGAUGACUUGGGUUGCGUCGCUCGGCCUUCUCUUCAGCUUUGGGAUAUUUUUACCUGUGUUUAUGGAUUAUUUUAACGAAUCCAGGGAAGCCACAGGUCAGUAAGUCCAUGGACAUUUCGUAAUCCAUGUAACGAUUUUAAUUUUAUGGCGACUGAAACAAGGUUGUGUUCGAUUGAACGUUUUCGGGAAAAAGAGUACGCAUAAAUUUUUGGACAAAUAUGAGCUUAAUUAUUCAUGUCCGCCGGGUUACUGGAUAUUACCCGGGGGGCGUUCAACGAAGUUUUGUACGGCGAGACUCCGCCCCGAUGUCCAAGCCCCUACUCCCUGCCAUUUUUGACAGAAAACGUACCCCACUUUCGUAUACCUUCUUUCGACAAACAAAUACCCCUUUCCUUUACCUAGUUCAGUGCACUGCAUCUCGAUCUUUAACUGCUGUAAAUAAUAAUAAUAAAUGCAGCGUCUUAUCAAUAAAUCACUAAACCCAGUUAAACAUUACAUUUUUUCUCUCUUUCACAGCCAUAAAAUGAGUCUGCUAGCUCUUAAUUCGCAGGAAAAAAUAACAGAUUCCCAUUAUUGGAUAUUUUAGGACAUUUAAAGAAUACCCAUAAAAAUCCCAAAUCUGGCAAAGUGAGACAAGUCCCAACCAGGGAAUUCCCAACCAAGUUCCCUGGUUGGGACUUGUCUCACUCUUCCGAAUUUGGGAUUUUUGUGGGUAUUCUUUAAAUACCCUUAAAUAUCCAAAAAAUGGGAAUCUGUUAUUUUGUGUUAGGGCCUUUCUACAGACCCGGAUGACAGAUUUCCCUUCUCUUUCAUAUACUUUAAGUAGUAAAACCCUAGCUACCCUUGCACAUGCCAGAAACCUGAAAAAGGUAUACUGUACUCAUAUCGGGAGGGGCCUUCCCGUAUAAGCCAUUAUAGGGAGUACCAACGGGGAAUGUACUAUGCAAAGAAGUCAAAACAAGCGAUUUUUAGAGCUUAUGCCAUGUAUACUCGUUCUGAAAUGGGAUCAAUCUAACGAAUUCUAAGUCUGCUGAUUGAAAAUUUUAAAACCGUGACUACAUUUAGUAGAUAGCAGCCUCUCCAUGUUGGAAAUUGCAUGCGUGAUUAACAAAUGUAUUGGACCAUGUUGGUAUCUUUCCAGUUAAGAACAUAAAUAGCGUCCUAUACUGACUCCAUCGAACAAAAACAAAAGACAUAAGAAAAUAGUUUUUUUUUCGGUGAGAGAGCUUCGCUAGAACCAACUUUUUUCAAUGUUUAAAAGCAGCUAUUACAGCAUGUGCGACAUCUAAUUAUGUGCUACUACAAUUUACCAUCCCUUGCUUUCACAAGAAAAAUGCUAUCAUUAAACUGCUACGCAUAUAUGUUGCGCUACUUACUAUUUCAGUUGUAGAAAUCUAAAACGUGUCUUUGCACCAAUUGAAUUUCAAAAAUAUUGGUACUAUUUUGUUAUUUGCUGGUUCAUAGCAGAUGUUUUCCAAUAAUGUGGAACUUGACAUUUAUUAUUUUGGUAUUUUUCUGCAGCUUGGGUUGGUUCUUUAGCCAUAGCCAUAACUUUCUUUACUGGACAAGUGUCAAAUGCUCUUGUCACGCGGUUUGGUUGCCGCAUCACCACUCUAAUCGGCGGAGUAUUUUGCACAGUGAGUUUGAUAUGCAGCUCCUUUGUAGACAACAUGAAGGUUCUUUUCUUCACGUACAGUCUUCUGUUCGGCUUGGGCUCCAGUUGUGUAUUCUCGGCAGGUCUGGUUGUAAUAAGCCAGUACUUUAAGAAGAGACAGUCGCUUGCAACUGGUUUACUGACAGGUGGACAUGGCGGUGGGGUACUAAUUAUGGGACCCACAUUGGAGGCCCUCAUAAGAGCCAUUGGUUGGAAGAAUGCUUAUCGUAUUAUGGCUGGCGUUGUCUUCGUUCUCUGUUCGCUUGCCAUAACGUUUGAUCCCAACGUGGAGAAGGACGCUGAAGAGAAAGAUAAGGGCGAAAGAGAAGAAAUCAAGGAGGGUGAAAACGAUAAUUUAAUUCGUACCAAAAUGAAGAAGGUCUUUGAUUUCUCUGUGUGGAAAGUGCCUCCAGUGAUAGCUAUCGUUCUUGCUGCUUGUGUAGUGGAGUUUGGUCAUUUUGUUCCGCAGAUUCAUUUGGUAAGUGAUUAUUCCGGUACAACUGGAAGUCAGUUUAGGCCACGUCCACACGUAUCCGAAUAUGUUUUUGAAUCCGCCAUUUUUUUUUCCGGAUUCAANCAGUACUUUAAGAAGAGACAGUCGCUUGCAACUGGUUUACUGACAGGUGGACAUGGCGGUGGGGUACUAAUUAUGGGACCCACAUUGGAGGCCCUCAUAAGAGCCAUUGGUUGGAAGAAUGCUUAUCGUAUUAUGGCUGGCGUUGUCUUCGUUCUCUGUUCGCUUGCCAUAACGUUUGAUCCCAACGUGGAGAAGGACGCUGAAGAGAAAGAUAAGGGCGAAAGAGAAGAAAUCAAGGAGGGUGAAAACGAUAAUUUAAUUCGUACCAAAAUGAAGAAGGUCUUUGAUUUCUCUGUGUGGAAAGUGCCUCCAGUGAUAGCUAUCGUUCUUGCUGCUUGUGUAGUGGAGUUUGGUCAUUUUGUUCCGCAGAUUCAUUUGGUAAGUGAUUAUUCCGGUACAACUGGAAGUCAGUUUAGGCCACGUCCACACGUAUCCGAAUAUGUUUUUGAAUCCGCCAUUUUUUUUUCCGGAUUCAAAAAUUUCCACGUCCUCACGUAUCCAACCUGUAUCCGGAUUCACUCUAGUACCAGGACUCCUCUGGGAAUAUUAGCAACAGAGCAUGCGUUGUAAGGCGCGCGAAAUUUGCAUCUUGCUCUACCUUUCACGGAAAGAACUGGGCUCGAUUUUGUUACCUCACCGGCUAAAAAAUAUCCUGAUUGAGCGUCCACAAGAUUCCGGAUUCAUAGCGUAUUCAAAACUUUUCAUUCUUGAGAGCGGAUUCAAAAAAGUUGCUGAUUCGUAUGCCGGAUUCACCACAUACGUCUCUACGGAAGCCGUAUCCGGAAAGAAAAAGUUGGGGAUUAAAAAAUAUCCGGAUACGUGUAGACGAGUCCUUAUUAGUGUCACUUUUCAUUAUAUACUACAAGAUAUCACAAGUCGGUAAGAAAAGCAGAUAAGUUAUGCCUCAUAUGGGUUAGUUAGCCUUCGAGCAAGCUCUCCGGGAACCUUUGGCCGCGGGGCCCCUCGUCGCCGUCAGAGCUCCCUGGAUAGCUUUCUCGCAGGCUACGUAUGAGUUUAUAUGUCUCUAAUUAAUGCUAGUGUUGUUCGACUUUGUAAUACAGUAAAUGCAUAAAAGUGUCAAAGAAACCCAGGCAUUUACCUUCUUUGCUUGUAUGCCAUAUUUUCCCAGUGUAGUUUAGAUGACGUUCUCGAGGAAAUAAGCCCUUUUCCUUUUCAUAAAUUAUGCGUACACACGUGAGAACGAGAACAAUUUGUACAAAAAUUGAGAAGGAAAAAGUUUUGUUAAGUAAUAGAAAAUAACCUUCAUUCUGGGGAAACGGACCAUACAAGCUUCAGGGGUCCAUGAGGUUCAGAGUAAUGGUGUUAUCUGACUCACUUUUAUUUCAUUCCUAACCUGCAAUUCAACAGUUUUUUAUUUAUAUUACCUUUAGAUUCGUUACUGUGAAGACCUUGGGAUUUCGGCUGAAAAAGCAUCAAAACUCUUUAUUUACUACGGUGGUUGUUCUGCUAUUGGUCGCGUGCUUGCUGGCAUUCUUUGCAGCCACAGGCGAAUAAAUGCGUUCUUCAUCUUCCAGGCAGCCGAAUUUGUGGCAGGGCUAAGCACAAUUCUUGUAACUCUAACUUCUUCUUACUCCUGGCUUGUCGUUUACAUUGUGAUUUACGGACUCAGCGAUAGUUUUUUCUUCACCAGUCUAAGUAUCAAUCUUUUGACUGCCUGUCCUUUGAAGACUCCUGCAGUUCUCGGAUGGGAGAUGCUGUUAGCGUCCUUGACCCUGGCUAGUGGUCCUCCGUUGGCUGGUAUGUGUAUUGUUAGUUGUAGACUGUACUAGGCUCCCGGACGUUCACGAGAAAAUGAGAGAAAUGCAACGAGAAAAGACAGAAAGUGAAAAGGGUUUAGGUAGCCUCCACGCCUCGCAGGCGAUAGUUUCUAUUUUAAUUUUUUGCAAUUAUGUUAGCCUUUGCCAAGCUCUCAGAUAGUAGGGACGUUGUGAUAAUAAAACAAGCCAAGCGAAAAUAAAGCGCGCGGGACCUGGGAAAGGGGCCGGUGGCUGCGAAGGUUAACUCCGAAGGGCAUCUUCUCUCUCACCAACUCCCGCUCAUUUUUCGCGCCACUUUUUACUGCACUGCUGCAUUUUACUAAAGCUGAAAUUCUCUACAACGGCCACCUUGGGAACAGAAGAAACUGGCCGUUGUACAGAGGUGGCCGUUGUAAAGAGGUGGCGUUGUAGAGAGGUGGCCGUUAUAGCGGAGGUUCGACUCUACAUUGAAGCCUGACGAAACAGCUUACAAUCCUGCAACAGGCGAUUGUUUUAGUUUUCCUAGUCUCUGUAUUGAUUCAACGCGCUGUAUAUAUAUAUUUCCCUUGUUUUUAAAAAAGUAACCCCAGCUUUAAAAGUUGAUUGAAUUUUUUGAAAUGUGAUUGUUUUGGAGAACGACUAUCGAUUUUGUACCCAUUUUCGUUUUGCUCAUGUAUUUUGUACAGUAUCAAAGCAAUCCAUUGUUGCCUUUAAAGCAAGCAUGGUGUAUCUUGAUGAUACAAGUAAGGUUGGACGAUUGUAUCAAACCUUAUAACUUUAUGUUCUCCAGAACCCAGAUAAUUGAUCUAAGCUUUAUGACUGGUUAGUUGAGAACGUCAGGACCAAGUCUGAGAUAUACAGUGAACGAUAUUACGUAAUCGCUGGAAUAAUCAUUAAUUGCGGCAAGUUUCUGUCUAAUUAUGGGAUGGUGGUAUGGCUGACUGGUUAGCGGGUUCUGACUCAGUACAAUCCGCAGGGGUUCUGGAUUCCAUGUUUAGUCCUGUCGCGUGUUGAAUUCUCGGCAGUCUGAGUUUAUUAACUUCGUUUCCCGGCAAUGCUUUCAAAUAUCAAACUAGUUGACCUCCUAUCAUUGUUCUGAUCCUUUUUCUGGUUAUUUAACUAUGAACUAGCUGCAGCAGGCAGGUGCACUUCCACCUACAAUAUAGCUUCUGAAUUUUGCUGCAUUUUGGUGUAGUGGAGAAAUUCAUAGCCCGAUGUCGAAUUCUCUGCUAGAGAAUUUACCCGGCGCUUUUCGGUAACUUGCUGAGAACCAAACGUUUCUGAGAAAUAUAUUCUCUGCUUGAUCUCAGAUCAUAUCAAAGCUUUCAUCCUAGUCGUUUCAUUUUAAUUAUUUAGGUAUGGCAGCAGACAUGUUGGGUUCGUACGUUAUCCCUUUUCAAGUAGCUGGUGGUAUCACUAUAGCAGGAUCUUUUAUACCUUUUAUGUUGCUGUGCUACAAACGUCAGGAUAGCUACACCUCCUCCACGGGGUCAGGAGACGAAGAGGCUAAAAAGCUUGAGGAAGUGGCUUAA